AUGGCGUCAGGGAGCUACAUCGACUCCUCAAGGGAUGAGACCACAAUCGAGGUGUCUGGUCUUCAGGUCCAUAUUCGCGGCUGUAUCUCUGUUGCUUUCUCGAAGAUACUGAACCCUGACCUUGUAUUCCUCCUGCACGGCCGCACCAGCGAUGCAGAAGCCCUCCGUGAUUUGGGGACCGCAAUUUUGGCAGCCAACCCCGAGACCUUGGUGGUGUCCUUCGAUCAACGGAAUCAUGGCCACCGCAUCCUGAACCCAAAGGCUAAUUUGACAUGGGCGGAUGGAAACGACAUGCACGCCCAGGAUAUGUUCUCAAUCCAGUACGGCACGAGUCUCGAUGUGAGCCUACUCAUUGACCUGCUGCCAAUGUUCAUCUCUCCAGAUGAGCGCUAUGUCUUCCGGCACAUUUUUUGUGUUGGAGUCUCACUAGGAGGCCAUGUGACUUACCACGUCCUUUCUAAUGAGCCUCGCGUAAAUGCGGGCGUAGUCAUCAUCGGCUGUCCGGAUACUGCGGCAUUGCUGCAGAUGCGAGUCCAUGCGAAAGACUCCAGGAAACUCAUGCCCCCUUCUUUCCUUGCAACCGUCCGAAGGCUACAACCCAACAUUGAAGAAGUCGCAAAGAAGUCUGUGCUCAUCAUAAAAGGAAACGAGGACAACCUGGUGCCGUGGGAACCAUCGCAAACCUUCGUGGAACAGUUGCCCAAGGCGAGGGUCCAAGUUAUCGGCUACGAUGGGAUUGGUCAUGCUCUGACCAAAGCCAUGCAAGAAGACACUGCGAAAUGGAUUCAAGAUUUUCGAAAGAGGUCUUGACACAGAUCUAUCAUGAAGACACCCGGAUGGCCCUCGGUCUCUUACUGGCAAUGCAGGCUAACCCUAAGCGAUCGCCGA